AUGUACUUAAAAAUUGAAGGACAAAAAGGGAUUGUGGGAUUUUUUGGGGAAAAGAGAAAAGAGGACACCAAGCCAGUAGAAAAAUAUGGAGAAUGGAGAAAUGGGGUGAAAUGGGGAGAUGAGAGGAUGGGAGUAAAUAGGGAGGAUGACAGGAAGAUAAUGGGAGGACAGGAGGACAGGAGGACAGGAGGACAGGAGGACAGGAGGACAGGAGGACAGGAGGACAGGAGGACAGUGAGACUGAAGUUUACCUGGGACACUCGCUUGCAAUCUGGGACAUGGGACAUGGGACACGGGACAUGGGACACGGGACAUGGGACAUGGUGUAAGGAGCAAAUUCCACUACGACCUCAGCGCGAUAACGGCCGAUUCGAGUAUGUGCAAGUGAGUGUGGCCGACCAAGGUAGUUUGAUGAAGAAUGGAGGUUUCAAGGAGAACAUGCGGACAGACACGGGAAUGAGAUCAGAAAGGAACAGAACACAAAAGACACGGCUUCUGAGUGAGAAUUAA